GCUGCUGCGUUGUCCGCGGCGGCGGCGGGGAGCGGAGCGGAGCCGGGCUGCGGGGAGAGGCCCCCGGGCCGAGAGCCGGCUGCGCAGCGCGUUCAGGACUGUCUAGCCGACGCAUGAGCCAGCAUGAACGUGGGGACGGCUCACAGCGAGGUGAACCCCAACACCCGGGUCAUGAACAGCCGGGGCAUCUGGCUCUCCUACGUGCUGGGGAUUGGCCUGCUGCAUGUGAUCCUCCUCAGCAUCCCCUUCUUCAGUGUCCCCGUGGUUUGGACUCUCACCAACAUCAUCCACAACAUGAGUAUGUACAUCUUCCUGCACACCGUGAAAGGAACGCCCUUUGAGACUCCGGACCAGGGGAAAGCCCGGUUGCUCACGCACUGGGAGCAGAUGGACUAUGGGGUGCAGUUCACGGCAUCGCGCAAGUUCCUGACCAUCACGCCCAUUGUGCUGUAUUUCCUCACCAGUUUCUAUACGAAAUAUGACCGGAUACACUUCAUAAUCAACACCAUCUCCCUGAUGAGCGUCUUGAUCCCCAAGCUGCCCCAGCUCCACGGAGUCCGGAUCUUUGGGAUCAACAAGUACUGAGCCCCCUGGAUGAAGUGAGCUGAAGUGGAAGGGGAAACCCGGUCGUCUUAGUCCUCCCUCACCACCACCACCACCCCCCGCCAAAUCCGGGAUAUAAUUUCACAGUGGCUCUUUAAAUGCAGUAUCCAAUAGACGUGAAUACCACAUGCAGGAUCCUCGUGCCCAAUAAAUCUAAGCAAACUCUGGAGUAGCAGAAUCCUGAGUAGAGUUUAGCAUGGAGCCAGGAGACUGGGGGGGUGGACUUCUUGUGCUCCAGUAUCAUGAGUAGAUGCAGAUAGAGUGAGACGUUGAGGUACAAAUAGGUCAGUUUCUGGGGAGACGCCCAUCCAGAGGCCAAUACACUGAAUGGAGAGAGCAGGGGUGGGGAGAAAGCUUUAAGAGCUAGUAGUUAUUACGAUGGCAAAUGCACUUUAAAAUACAUUGGCCCUUUUUGAGGUUAGAAGCACUCGCGAAGGGCUACGUGGGGAAAUUAAAGGGGGGCAUGGCCAGAUUUCCCAGGUGUGAAAAACUAGUUGGCCACUUUAAUUUUGGGAGGUGGAUUUUAUUCUUAAACCUCUCUCCUCCUGCUGGGGAGGGAAUCAUUUUUUCUAAUGAGAAAACAGGAAGGAGCUUUCCUGUUUUCCAAGGUACCGUUUGUAUGAUUCGGGGGGAAGGAAUUGGAUUCCAAGUUGUUUCUGUUAAUUUAAACUAUAACCAAUGUCUGUCUUUGUUUAAAGUGGAAGUAGUUCUAUUUUAAAGCGUGUGUGAUGGGGGGGUAUUCUCCCCCAUCACAUGCAGCCCUGCAGUGUUACCCUUAAUCCUACUGCCACAUAGGGCUAAGAGGUGUGAUGGUGCUGCUUGUUAGUUGUGUGAUUAAAAAUGUUAACACUGCCCAUCAGAGUGAUCGGAGUCACUUGACUUGGAGAUCGGGGAGGGGAAAGGCUGAUGACAGACAGGUUUGCUCUAGGUGAAGGAUGGAGCGUCGUCAGGUAUGGUAAUGGGGCGUUGGUACAGGCAGAGAGGUGACCAUGACUGGUUUAAAUGGGUCUCGUUCUUCCACCCCCUUUGCCCAAGACUCCAAUGUCUAAAUCUAGAUCAGUGGCAUUUGCCAAAUAUCAGUGGUGGGCACAUCUCGGCAUGUGACAGCCCAUGCAGAAAACCGUUCUCGGACUUCUGGUUGGGCCUGAUGACCUGUCAGCAGCAUACUAUGGGCCACAAGCGAGGUGUAGAACAGGAAUAUUGCAAUAGUGCUGCAUUGCUGAGUGAAGGCAGGAGCAGACGGCAAAUGUGGCUGGCCGGCAAGAGGGCAACGGGUCUGACCGGUCACUGAAGCAUUCAACUUAUCGGUGGCAUAGAAAAUCCAAGCUGUGCAGUCUGUCGCAUCCCCAAACCAUGGCUGCAGGUUACCCACCUGUCCGGGUCUGGACAGUGAAGGUGUUUGGCACAGCAGGGAGACCAGCAACUCGCUUUGCUGCCUUCUUCAUUAUCCAGAUUUGUUGUACUUGUUUAAAUCCAAAGCCCUGCUGUUCUGCCCCUGAACUGGUGGCUAGAUCCAGAAGUGGGGUACGGCACGUGUCAGUUAGUGGGUGGAACUUGCACCCCAAGAAAGUGAGGGGCAAUGGGGCAUUGCAGGGGGCAGUUAAACCACCAGGGGAGCUAACCAACCUUCUGUUUCUGACUCGUUUUGAUUUUGUUUAUGCAUCAUGAGCUUAUUUCAGGCUGCUCAGUGGAGCGAUCAUGUUUUCUGCACCCUGCAUUGCUGUGUGGGAGGGAACCCUACCUAGUAGAGCGUGUGUGUGUGUGUGUGUGUUUCUACUAAGGGGCUGUUAGCAGAUGAGCUAGUUAUCCACAGAGUCAGGAGCUGGUUUGGAGGACAAUGUGGGAUUUUUAAUUUAAUUAUCAUCUGCAAUAGAAAUGCAAUAAUCCCAGUGUGGAAAGAGAUUGUUGAAUAAAGUUUUGAUAAUCAUUGUUUGGGGUAAAUGACAGACUUGUAAUUAGUAGACGGGGGACGGGGGGGAGGAUUUCCAAUAUAACAGGGAGGUUUGGAUAACUGAGGAUGAAGCAUAGUUGCAACACUGAAUCUCCCCCCCCCCCCCUCAAAAUUGCCAGCUAGAGCGAAGGGUUAGCAGCAGAACUGGCCCCAGUGGCUGGGUAGCUGUCCACUCUUUGUAACUGCAGCAUUUUCUAGAGGGUCAAUAUGCUGGUUGAACUAUGCCUUUGUUUAUAUUUUUCAUGAUACCCUUGCACAUUCAUGAAGGUGAUUUUUGUUUGUUAGUGUUUUGAUUGUCUGGAGUUUUCUGACAAUGUAAACAUUUGAAAUAAGACAUUUUAGUUCCUGCAUUAGCCAGAUGUAGCUUUGGAACUGAGCGGGGGGUACAGUGGAUACUAUCGAUAGAGUUUAGACCUGAUCUAAUGGUCCGAGACAGGACUGGGAGACAGGAAUUCCCCAAUUUGAAUCUCGUCCCUUGUAUUGACUCCUCACCUGCCUUUGGAUGAACUGCUUAACCUCUCUGCCUCAGUUUCAUCAUUUGUACCCCGCUGAGGGGGGAGAAAUAACCUACCUCACAGGGCUGUUGUGAGGCUUAUUUAGCCAUUGUCUCUUAAGCGCUUCAAAGACGGAAAUGCUCCUGUAAGUAUUAGUGAAAAGGAAGAUGGUGGAGAAGGAGAAAACCUGCUUUGGGUUCUUGAAAAAAGGAGCCUGUCAAAUGUAGGUUAAUUUAUUUAAUACAAGGCUCUUCCUUUUUUCCCAUCCCUGACAUGGGUGGGAGUGGAUUGUUGCUUCAGUUACUGUACUGUAUACCCCAGGACUAGUGCACUUUUCAAGCUACUAGCCUGUGACUUCUGGAAAAAAUAGUUUCAGGCUGGUGCUAUUUCCUGAUGAGAAUGUCUGAGUGGAUUCAGAAAUGAACAUUGUAGAUACGUGCCUCAGAUGGCAAUGGGGAGACGGCAGGUUUCCACUCGGCAGUGAUAGUACCUUCACCCAGACUGCUGUGAUGAUGUGCCUAGUCUAAGGGGCACACUGCUGGACCAAUUCAGGUCUGGCAGGCCACAGAAUUAUAGUGCUGAUGCUGAACCUUCUCCAAUGAAAGAGACGGAACACGUAGCGUGGUGUUAAUCUAGCUUUGGGGACAAAUAGAAACCUAACUAGAGAGACAAAAUAAUUACUUUAAAGGUGGGAAUCUCGACCCAGAGAAGUGGGGCAGGAAUCACUUUAUCCUUGUGUUUUGCAAAAACCCACCAUAAAUAAAAAAGGACUUUUUUUUUUCUUUAUUUGCUUAAAACCAUUAUUCCCGGAUUCAUGUAGGUUUUGCCUUUUCUCUCCCUCUCUCAUGCAUGUAAACUAUGCAAAGCUGGAGUGAGUUUGUAGCAGAAAUGUAAGCUGACGCUAGGCACCAGACCCUUGGCCGCUGUGGAGUGGUGAAGCUCGGCAGACGUACAUCAGCUGGGGGCUGGACCUGCAGUGUUUGUGGGUUCAGUGACACUGGUCAUGUCCAAUCAGUUCUGUUAAAUUAACGCUGAAAUGUAAAGCUACUAAAAAUAAAAUCAUGAACUCUUCA